AUCGGUCUCAAACGGAUCUGCACGGUCCAAGAUCCAGCGAUGAAUUUUCACGGGACAGUCCUCUGGUUCUGCAUUGUUUGCAUCUUCGCCGUCAGUGGAGCCCCUCCAAAUGUUAACAACGAAAUACAAAAUAGCAAUUGGCCGCAACAACAGCGUCAACAAAAUCAAGCGAGUGUCUACAAUCAACAAGCAGCAAACAACAACGCUCUAAACAGUAAUUUGCAGAGUCAGCAGAUCUCUCAAAAUCAGGCAAAUCUGUUAAACCAAUUAGCAGCGAACAACAAUAUUCAAAUCAGUAAUUUGCAGAAUCAACAGAUCUCUCAAAAUCAGGCAAAUGUCUUAAAUCAACCAGCGAUUAAUCAGUUACGCAGUAUCAACUGGCAGAAUCAACUUAGCGACCAACAACAAGCAAGCAACAUCAAUCAACAAGGAUUAGCAGUACAACCGGGUGUGGCUAACUUGCAAUCAAGCUCAUAUCAAAUACCGGGAACAUCAUGGCGCGUCGAGACCAUACGCCCAGCUGGAUUGUCACCAGGCCUCACUCCACCAUUGAGACCAGAAUUGCCUACUAAUGGACUAGUACCUCCAGUUUCUGAAUCAAUUCAACCACCCAGUUCUGUUCAGUCCUCAUUACUUCAAUCUUCACCUGCACUACCAACAAUACCUGGCCAAUCACUAUAUAGACCAUCUACAAUUGAAGAAUUAAGACCUGGAGUAAACCAACCAGUCUCAGUACAAACUAGUUCCAUAGUACCAAGAAUUAUAGCAUUGGAUGGGUCAGCUCAGCCACAAACUGUUCCAACAAUACAAACCAAUCCCAUAAUACCGAGAGGUAUAGUGAACGAAUCCCCAGUACAAACUGUUCCGGAACAAACUAGCUCAAUACAAACAGUUUCCAUACCACCAAGAGAUAUUGUGGAAGUUGAUUUUAUUCCUCUACGAGCUCCUGUACAAACAAUUUCAAGUCCGGCUCUGGAGACGCCAGCUUCAGUACAAACAAUUCCCAUAAGUCCAAGUAAUACGGUAUCAGUUGAGUCAACUCCAGUACAAUCUGUAUCUAUACAAAGGAUCCCCUUAGCUCCAAGUAAUACAUUACCGAUUAGACCAACUCUAUUACAAUAUGCACCAGAACAAACAAUCCCCAUAACUCCAAGUAAUACAGUGCCGAUUAGGUCAAUUCCAGUACAAUCUUCACCAGUACAAACAACUCCCAUAGUUCCAAGUAAUACAGUACCGGUUGGAACGACUCCAGGACAAUCUGCACCUGUACAAACAAAUCCCACAGUUCAAAGUAAUACAGUACCGGUUGGAACGACUCCAGUACAAGCUUCACCUGUACGAACAAUCCCCAUAACUCCAAGCAAUACAGUCCCGGUUGGGUCAAGUCCAGUACAAUCUGGGCCAGUACAGACAACUCCAAUAGCUCCAAGUAAUACGGUACCGACUGAGACAGUGCCGGUACAAAGUGGUCCAGUUGAGACAAUUGCUGUAUUACCAAGUAAUACCGAAAGAAGUCCAGAGCCAGUAUCUUCCCCUGUGUAUCCUAUUGUUGCGCCGCUUUCUUCACCAGCAAAUCCUGCUCAAACUAGUUCCAGUAGUGACUCCCAGAGCAGUCCUGCAUCAAGCAGUCAACCGCUGAAUAGUGCGCCGUCUUCAAGCAACGCGCAAAGUACAACUUCUGUUCCUGAAGAAGUUCCUGAAGUUCCUGCAUUAGCAGGAACAUUAGAUUUUUCUACCUGGCAAGAACUCUGGGAAUUAUUUCAAUUAUGGAGACAAGGAAAUGAACUACCAGAUUCGUCGGAAUCAUCGUUGACUCCGGAAGAAAGCUCUCCCCAACCUAGUUCCACUAGUUUUACGCAGAGUCAACCUCAACAAAGUAGUCCCACUACUAACACACAGAGCGACACAACUUCUGUAAGCAGCGUAGAAGAAACUAACAAUGCUAGUCAGGAAAUCAGUUCUGAUGAAGUUGGCAACAGCGCAAACUCCGAACCGAGUUCUAAUAAACAAAGCAAUGCAGUUCCUGCAAGUAACGCUCCGAAUAAUAUAGCUCCUGCAAGUAACACUCAGAAUAACGUAGCUCCUGCAAGUAACCCACAAAGCAAUACAGCUCCUGCCAGUAACCCACAAAGCAAUACAGCUCCUGCAAAUAACCCACAAAAAAAUGCAGCUCCUGCAAGUAAUGCUCCGAAUAAUGUAGCUCCUGCAAGUAACCCACAAAGCAAUGCAGCUCCUGGAAGUAGCCCACAAAGCAAUGCUGUUCCUGUAAGUAGCCCACAGAGCAAUACAGCUCCUGUCAGUAACCCACAAAACAAUGCAGCUCCUGCAAGUAACGCUCCAAAUAAUGUAGUUCCUGCAAAUAAUGCUCCGAAUAAUGUAGGUCCUGCAAGAAACUUACAAAGCAAUACAGCUCCUGCAAGUAACGCUCCGAAUAAUGCAGCUCCUGCAAAUAACGCUCCGAAUAAUGUAGGUCCUGCAAGAUACCCACAAAGCAAUAUAGCUCCUGUCAGUAACCCACAAAGCAAUGCAGCUCCUGCAAGUAAAGCUCCGAAUAAUGCAGCUCCUGCAAAUAACGCUCCGAAUAAUGUAGGUCCUGCAAGAUACCCACAAAGCAAUGCAGCUCCUGCAAGUAACCCACAAAGCAAUGCAGCUCCUGCAAGUAACGCUCCAAAUAAUGCAGCUCCUGCAAGUAACCCACAAAGCAAUGCAGCUCCUGCAAAUAACCCACAAAGCAAUACAGCCCCUGCCAGUAACCCACAAAACAAUGCAGCUCCUGCAAGUAAUGCUCCAAAUAACGUAGCUCCUGCAAACAACAAACCAAAUAAUGUAGCUCCUGGAAACAACAAUCCGAAUAAUGCAGCUCCUGCAAGUAACCCACAAAACAAUGCAGCUCCUGCCAGUAACCCACAAAGCAAUGCAGCUCCUGCAAGUAACGCUACAAAUAAUGCAGCUCCUGCAAGUAACCCACAAAGCAAUGCAGCUCCUGCAAAUAACCCACAAAGCAAUACAGCCCCUGCCAGUAACCCACAAAACAAUGCAGCUCCUGCAAGUAAUGCUCCAAGUAAUGUAACUCCUGCAAACAACAAUCCAAAUAAUGUAGCUCCUGCAAACAACAAUCCGAAUAAUGCAGCUCCUGCAAGUAACCCACAAAACAAUGCAGCUCCUGCCAGUAACCCACAAAGCAAUGCAGCUUCUGCAAGUAACGCUCCAAAUAAUGCAGCUCCUGCAAGUAACCCACAAAGCAAUGCAGCCCCUGCCAGUACCCCCCAAAGCAAUGCAGUUCCUGCAAGUAACGCUCCGAAUAAUGUAGCUCCUGCAAACAACAAUCCGAAUAAUGUAGGUCCUGCAAGUAACCCACAAAACAAUGCAGCUCCUGCAAGUAACCCACAAAGCAAUGCAGCUCCUGCAAGUAACGCUUCAAAUAAUGUAGCUCCUGGAAACAAUAAUCCGAAUAAUGUAGGUCCUGCAAGUAACCCACAAAACAAUGCAGCUCCUGCAAGUAACGCUCCAAAUAAUGUAGCUCCUGGAAACAACAAUCCGAAUAAUGUAGGUCCUGCAAGUAACCCACAAAACAAUGCAGCUCCUGCAAGUAACCCACAAAGCAAUGCAGCUCCUACAAGUAACGCUCCAAAUAAUGUAGCUCCUGGAAACAACAAUCCGAAUAAUAUAGGUCCUGCAAGUAACCCACAAAGCAAUGCAGCUCCUGCAAGUAACCCACAAAGCAAUGCAGCUCCUGCAAGUAACGCUCCAAGUAAUGUAGCUCCUGGAAACAAUAAUCCAAAUAAUGUAGGUCCUGCAAGUAACCCACAAAACAAUGCAGCUCCUGCCAGUAACCCACAAAACAAUGCAGCUCCUGCAAGUAACGCUCCAAAUAAUGUAGCUCCUGGAAACAACAAUCCGAAUAAUGUAGGUCCUGCAAGUAACCCACAAAGCAAUGCAGCUCCGGCAAGUAACGCUCCAAAUAAUGUAGCUCCUGGAAACAACAAUCCAAAUAAUGUAGCUCCUGCAAACAACAAUCCGAAUAAUGUAGCUCCUGCAAGUAACCCGCAAAACAAUGCAGCGCCUGCAAGUAAUGCUCCAAAUAAUGUAGCUCCUGCAAAUAACAAUCCGAAUAAUGUAGGUCUUGCAAGUAACCCACAAAGCAAUGCAGCUCCUGCUAGUAACCCACAUAGCAAUGCAGCUCCUGCAAGUAACGCUCCAAAUAAUGCAGCUCCUGCAAGUAACCCACAAAGUAAUGCAGCUCCUGCAAAUAACCCACAAAGCAAUACAGCCCCUACCAGUAACCCACAAAACGAUGCAGCUCCUGCAAGUAAUGCUCCAAAUAACGUAGCUCCUGCAAACAACAAACCAAAUAAUGUAGCUCCUGGAAACAACAAUCCGAAUAAUGCAGCUCCUGCAAGUAACCCACAAAACAAUGCAACUCCUGCCAGUAACCCACAAAGCAAUGCAGCUCCUGCAAGUACCCCACAAAGCAAUGCAGCUCCUGCAAAUAACCCACAAAGCAAUACAGCCCCUGCCAGUAACCCACAAAACAAUGCAGCUCCUGCAAGUAAUGCUCCAAAUAAUGUAACUACUGCAAACAACAAUCCAAAUAAUGUAGCUCCUGCAAACAACAAUCCGAAUAAUGCAGCUCCUGCAAGUAACCCACAAAACAAUGCAGCCCCUGCCAGUAACCCACAAAGCAAUGCAGCUCCUGCAAGUAACGCGCCAAAUAAUGUAGCUCCUGGAAACAACAUUCCAAAUAAUGUAGCUCCUGCAAGUAACCCACAAAACAAUGCAGCCCCUGCCAGUAACCCACAAAGCAAUGCAGUUCCUGCAAGUAACGCUCCGAAUAAUGUAGCUCCUGCAAACAACAAUCCGAAUAAUGUAGGUCCUGCAAGUAACCCACAAAACAAUGCAGCUCCUGCAAGUAACCCACAAAACAAUGCAGCUCCUGCAAGUAACGCUCCAAAUAAUGUAGCCCCUGGAAACAAUAAUCCGAAUAAUGCAGGUCCUGCAAGUAACCCACAAAACAAUGCAGCUCCUGCAAGUAACCCACAAAGCAAUGCAGCUCCUGCAAGUAACGCUCCAAAUAAUGUAGCUCCUGGAAACAACAAUCUGAAUAAUGUAGGUCCUGCAAGUAACCCACAAAACAAUGCAGCUCCUGCAAGUAACCCACAAAGCAAUACAGCUCCUGCAAGUAACGCUCCAAAUAAUGUAGCUCCUGGAAACAACAAUCCGAAUAAUGUAGGUCCUGCAAGUAACCCACAAAGCAAUGCAGCUCCUGCCAGUAACCCACAAAGCAAUGCAGCUCCUGCAAGUAACGCUCCAAAUAAUGUAGCUCCUGGAAACAACAAUCCAAAUAAUGUAGCUCCUGCAAACAACAAUCCGAAUAAUGUAGCUCCUGCAAGUAACCCACAAAACAAUGCAGCGCCUGCAAGUAAUGCUCCAAAUAAUGUAGCUCCUGCAAAUAACAAUCCGAAUAAUGUAGGUCCUGCAAGUAACCCACAAAGCAAUGCAGCUCCUGCUAGUAACCCACAUAGCAAUGCAGCUCCUGCAAGUAACGCUCCAAAUAAUGCAGCUCCUGCAAGUAACCCACAAAGCAAUGCAGCUCCUGCAAAUAACCCACAAAGCAAUACAGCCCCUGCCAGUAACCCACAAAACAAUGCAGCUCCUGCAAGUAAUGCUCCAAAUAAUGUAGCUCCUGCAAACAACAAACCAAAUAAUGUAGCUCCUGGAAACAACAAUCCGAAUAAUGCAGCUCCUGCAAGUAACCCACAAAACAAUGCAGCUCCUGCCAGUAACCCACAAAGCAAUGCAGCUCCUGCAAGUAACGCUCCAAAUAAUGCAGCUCCUGCAAGUAACCCACAAAGCAAUGCAGCUCCUGCAAAUAACCCACAAAGCAAUACAGCCCCUGCCAGUAACCCACAAAACAAUGCAGCUCCUGCAAGUAAUGCUCCAAAUAAUGUAGCUCCUGCAAACAACAAACCAAAUAAUGUAGCUCCUGGAAACAACAAUCCGAAUAAUGCAGCUCCUGCAAGUAACCCACAAAACAAUGCAGCUCCUGCCAGUAACCCACAAAGCAAUGCAGCUCCUGCAAGUAACGCUCCAAAUAAUGCAGCUCCUGCAAGUAACCCACAAAGCAAUGCAGCUCCUGCAAAUAACCCACAAAGCAAUACAGCCCCUGCCAGUAACCCACAAAACAAUGCAGCUCCUGCAAGUAAUGCUCCAAAUAAUGUAACUCCUGCAAACAACAAUCUAAAUAAUGUAGCUCCUGCAAACAACAAUCCGAAUAAUGCAGCUCCUGCAAGUAACCCACAAAACAAUGCAGCCCCUGCCAGUAACCCACAAAGCAAUGCAGCUCCUGCAAGUAACGCUCCAAAUAAUGUAGCUCCUGGAAACAACAUUCCAAAUAAUGUAGCUCCUGCAAGUAACCCACAAAACAAUGCAGCCCCUGCCAGUAACCCACAAAGCAAUGCAGUUCCUGCAAGUAACGCUCCGAAUAAUGUAGCUCCUGCAAACAACAAUCCGAAUAAUGUAGGUCCUGCAAGUAACCCACAAAACAAUGCAGCUCCUGCAAGUAACCCACAAAACAAUGCAGCUCCUGCAAGUAACGCUCCAAAUAAUGUAGCUCCUGGAAACAAUAAUCCGAAUAAUGUAGGUCCUGCAAGUAACCCACAAAACAAUGCAGCUCCUGCCAGUAACCCACAAAGCAAUGCAGCUCCUGCAAGUAACGCUCCAAAUAAUGUAGCUCCUGGAAACAACAAUCUGAAUAAUGUAGGUCCUGCAAGUAACCCACAAAACAAUGCAGCUCCUGCAAGUAACCCACAAAGCAAUACAGCUCCUGCAAGUAACGCUCCAAAUAAUGUAGUUCCUGGAAACAACAAUCCGAAGAAUGUAGGUCCUGCAAGUAACCCACAAAACAAUGCAGCUCCUGCAAGUAACCCACAAAGCAAUGCAGCUCCUGCAAGUAACGCUCCAAAUAAUGUAGCUCCUGGAAACAACAAUCCGAAUAAUGUAGCUCCUGCAAGUAACCCACAAAGCAAUGCAGCUCCUGCAAGUAACCCACAAAGCAAUGCAGCUCCUGCAAGUAACGCUCCAAAUAAUGUAGCUCCUGGAAACAACAAUCCAAAUAAUGUAGCUCCUGCAAACAACAAUCCGAAUAAUGUAGCUCCUGCAAGUAACCCACAAAACAAUGCAGCUCCUGCAAGUACCCCACAAAACAAUGCAGCUCCUGGAAGUAGCCCACAAGGCAAUGCAGCUCCAGCUGCAAGUGGUGCACAACAAAAUCCUGAUAACUUGCAAACAAACAAUGCGAGUAGUUUGCAGCCAAAUGUCGUGCAGCCAAAUAAAUCCCAGAGUCCAUCAAGUUCUGCUUCUCAAACUGCCACAGAAAAUAUAGUGACGUCACCCGGUACAUCGCCAGCUGGCCCUUCAUCAUCUAACGGCAACAGAACAUCACCCAGCAAUUCUGGUGCACUCAAAUCAUCUGCCACUUUAGAGACAGGAAAAAUCUGUGUUUGCUACGGUGAUGUACAAGAUAUACCUUGGAAUGUGCGUAGAUAUAUUGGAGUUUAACAUAUAUUUUUAGUUUUGUCAUGUAAUCUGGUGGAUUUUGAUAAUUCUGAUGGUUUAGCGUGUUUAAAAAAAUUAUGAAAAAAAUAUAUUAUGAAAUAGUUUGUCAAUUAAGUACAUAAUGUGUUUUAAACAAAUAAAUAUUAAUUCAAUCA